AUGAUGAAAUCAUUAAAGAAAAAUAUUGAAAAUCUAUAUCCAUAAUUUACAAUGGUUGAAGUGCUUAGGCAUAAUAAAUAUAAAAAAACAAUAAUCCUUAAAAGAGUUAAUAAGCCUUACAUCUUGAGAUUAUAUAGUUUAGAAGGAAUUAAUAGAGAUAAAGUAACUUCUCUAAUAUAAUUAAUUAAUAAACUAUCAAAGACUUGUAAUCCUCAUUUAGUUAAAUUUUACGAAGCCUCUCAUGAUGCAGAUAAUACUUAUUUAGGGUAUUUUGAUAUAUAAUUUAAUAGAGUUAUCAAUUAAUUUAUCGAUACCCAGUAUCAAUGUCCUUUGAAUGAAUAAGAAAUUCUUAAUAUUCUAAUUUAGGUAUUUUAAAUUGAAAAUUAUUAGGUUUGUUCAGCGAUUGAAUUAUUUCAUCCUAAACAUCCUCAUGGCAAAAUAAGUUUAUCAAAUCUAUUUUGUUCUCAAAAGACUACUAUAUUGGGUGAUAUGAAUAUUUUAUAUUAUCUUCAUUAAGAAAACUAUUAAGAUAUAUAUUUAUUGGCUCCAGAAUUUGUAAAAUAAAAAAUUUAUGAUUGUAAAUCUGACAUUUGGAUGCUUGGAGUUUUAGUUUACUAAUUAAUGUUUAAGGAAUAGCCUUUUAAAGCAAAUAAUAUAAAUGUUUUACAUAAAUAAAUAUCAAAAGGGAUUAAAUUCAUAUAUCAUCCAUAAUAUAGUCUAAAUUUAAAUAAUUUAUUAAGAAUACUUCUCUGUUAUGAUCCUGAACUGAGACCUUCCCUUAAUUCAAUUAAGAUUUUCGCUGAAAAAGCUUUGAUAAGCUCAGAAAAAUUUGAUAUAUUCUAAAUCUUACCAAAAUACAAAGUUGAUUAAGUUACUUUACAAAAAAAGAAAAAAGAAAUAAAGCAUAUUAUAAAGGAUAAUUAGAUUUAUUUGAAUGAACAAACUUUUAAAUAUCCAUCAUUUAAACCUUCUAAGAUUUUAAAAUCAGAUAAGAAAAUUUAAUUAACUAAUCCUUCUCCUCAAAGAAUAGGAGAUAAUUCAAAUAAUUAUGAUAGUUUUUUAGAUGUUUAUUAAUUUCAUACUGAAUAGCUGGAAUAGAUAGAGAGUUAAAAGAAUUUAUCUUUUAUUGAAAAAUAUUCUCAAUCAUCAAAAAAAUAAUUGAAUUAAUCUUAGAGUUCUUAAAAGUAACAAUAAACAAAUUAGAAUUCGCUCAAUCCUGUUUAAUUACCAAAAGUGUUAUAAUAUUCAUUUUGUAAGAUAAAAUUUGGACAUGAAUUAAGUCCUACAAAAUAACAAAAUGAAACAGAUUAGUAAAAUGAUUAAUAUUUUUAGUUUGGAUGAAUAUACGAAUAAAUUUAUUCAAUUUUCUGAUAAAAGUUUGGAAUAUAAAAUUAGAAGAUCACCCCCUAAAAUGUUAUUUCAUUAAUACAUAGAUUCAGCUUAAAGAUCUUUCAGUUAGCGAUUAUGA